AUGGCUGGUGUUCCUCGCUCAUCACAGACUCUCCACGAGAUCAACGAACCAGUCACUCCCUCUGGAAGCUCUAGUUCCAGGAGGUUCGGACAAGACAACGACAAGAUGCUGGCCAAGUUGACGGACCAAGCCUUCAACCCAAAAACGUAUCCUGAUCCUCUUGUUCCACGUCAAGGCGUGGAUCCUCAGCUCUAUCCGCCGGGAACGACCUUGGACAUGGAGAAGAAGUGGCUCGCUAGAAUCAAGCAAUGGCAAGCUUCGCGUAUCUAG